AUGAAAGUGAAAGCUGUCCAAGGCUCCAAGGAGCGAAUCCAGAUGAUUCAGGGCUCUUCCUUCACAGAGCUGGACCUCCAAGUACCGGCAGUGGAGAAGGUCGUUGCUCCUCAUGGAGAGGGCCAUUUCCUGAAGGACAUGGAAAACCUGGACCCCAAAGCAGUCUUCGCAAACGAGCGGACUUUGCUGCACUAUGCGGAGAAAGGCAUGUACGUUGCUGCUGUGGCAGUCGUCGCCAUGAAUCAUAACAGUCGGGACAUCAAGAUCUUCGGCCUCGUCCUUUCCGCAUUAACCGCCGCAUACUAUCUGUGGAUUCUGGUUGCCUAUUUUCAGCGGCUCUCGGAGAUCACCGGGCGCUCCAAAGUGGUCAAGAACCGCGAGGCUCGCCUGGAUUGGGAAGCUGGGCCAUGGCUGGCCGCCGGCAUGGUCUUGGUGGUGCUUGUCUACACCUUGAGCAAGGCCAGGAAAGGGCCUUUUUGCGUGGCUUCUUGCAUUUUCUGGCCGGAAAGGCCUGGACGGGAGCCACCACGCACCACUACCAGUAAACGGCUGCGCCGUGGCUUCCGGUGUAGGCAUGGCCGCAGGAUGGGCACUCUGAGCUGA